AUGGAGCUCCUGGACAACCAUAGUGGACAUCGCACGACCCAGAGACCGCGCCGUAACCUUCCGUCACGUACCAUUACAGCUUGUCAAAAUGGGAACUCUCAACACUUGGAGCACCUGCUUUUUUAUGGUGCAGACUCCUCAUCCCAGAAUGCCUCCGGAAACACUGCCCUGCACAUAUGUGCUUUAUAUAACAAGGAGAGCUGUGCCCGCAUUCUGCUGUAUCGAGGAGCCAAUAAGGACACAAAGAAUAACAGUGGGCAGACCCCCUUCCAGGUGGCUGUGAUGUCUGGCCAUUUUGAGCUGGGAGAAAUCAUUAAAAACCACCGUGAAUCAGACAUAGUUCCCUUUUUGGAGUCUCCAAAGUAUGCCCCCCAGAGGAGGGAGAGUUCUCGUACUCUUGGAUUGCCCCAUCCUCAUCCCUUCUUGCGGGCCAACAGUGACAACAGUAUGAACGUGCCAGACUGGAUCGCUUUUCCUAACGCUGCUGGAUCAAACCUAGUCUCCGUGCAGGGUCUAAAGCAUGGCGCCACCUUGCGUAGCUCCAGCAGUCCCCGUGGAGCGCGAACCCGUUCCCCGUCCCGUGGCCGAACAGGUGACCGAGACGAUCGGAGCCGGCAAACACGGGGAAGACAAGGCGCUGGCUCUAUCAGUAGUCAGGGCACAGCAAGCGGGCAGCGGCGGCGUCUCUACAGUGCCGUGCCUGGCCGUGUUUUUGUGGCCACCCGCUCGCACUCGGCCCAGGGGGACCGUGAGAUCAGCUUCAACAAGGGAGACAAAGUCAAAGUGUUAAGUGUGGGUGAAGGAGGCUACUGGGAGGGGACGGUUCGCGGGCGCACGGGCUGGUUCCCCUCUGACUGCGUGGAGGAGGUGGCUCUCCGCAGCCUGGAGUCCCGUUCAGAGAGCCGCAGCGAGAGAGCCAAGCGACUCUUCCGACAUUACACCGUUGGAUCCUACGACAGCUUUGACGCGCCCAGUGACUAUAUAAUCAAGGAGAAGACAGUCCUCCUGCAGAAAAAAGACAAUGAAGGUUUUGGCUUUGUGCUGAGAGGAGCCAAGGCUCAGACCCCUAUAGAAGAGUUCACUCCCACCCCAGCCUUUCCAGCACUGCAGUACCUUGAGUCUGUCGACGAGGGAGGCGUGGCUUGGAGAGCUGGUCUGCGAAUGGGAGACUUCCUUAUCGAGGUGAAUGGUCAGAAUGUGGUUAAGGUGGGACACAGGCAGGUGGUCAAUAUGAUCAGGCAAGGCAGCAACAGCCUCAUGGUCAAGGUUGUCAUGGUUACCCGGAACCCUGAUAUGGAGGAAGGGGCCCGAAAGAAAAUCCCACAGCAGAGUAAAAGGCUGAGCACACCAGCUAUCGCUCUGCGCUCCAAAUCCAUGACAUCAGAGCUGGAAGAGAUGGUGGACAGAGCCUCUGCCCCAUGGAAAAAAAAAUCAGAGUUCGAGUCUUCACAAGCUACAGAGAAGAAGAGGACAGUUUAUCAGAUGGCUUUGAAUAAACUGGAUGAGAUUUUAGCAGCAGCACAGCAGACCAUCAGUACCAAUGAGGCCCCAGGGCCCCGGGUUCAGGGGAUAAAAAGAGAACGGGGCAGAGGCUUAUAUAAUGAGCCAAGUUUCGACCAAUCGGGAAUGGGGAUGACAUCAUCUGGGGCAGGGCUAGGCUAUGACCGUGGUCAAUUUGUGUCUGGCCACGGCCCCCCGCACGGUAUGCUGCGACAGAAGUCUAUCGGGGUUCCAGAGGAGGAAAAGCAGUUCCUUCAUCCUCCAGCCAUGAAGUUUGCCCGCAGUCUUUCAGUACCUGGCCCAGAUGACAUCCCUCCUCCCCCUACUACAGCUCCCCCUGAGCCCCCUUUCUCCUCAGCUCCCCCUCUUGGCUUUAGGGGCAAGACAUCCCAGCAGCCAUCUGUUUCUGUGUCCCAAUCCACUUCCUCUUCUGCACAGUAUCAGCUCUACUCACAGUCAGUACAUGUCACACAUGGACCCAGAGAUAGGUCCCCUGGACCACCUGCUGGGUCCGGAACCGGGGACCUCUCUUACUCCCAUGCUCAAGCCCACCCCUCUGUGCCAAGCAGGACUGCCUCCAGAAAGGUGAUUGGGUACACAGGGGACCUUGCAGGGGCUGGAGGAGCACCAGGAGCCAAGGCAGCAGCACUGAGAAGGGGCUACAGCAAUGCAGUCCCACCCACUAGUGUCGCUACUGUAAUUCCACAACAGCAGCAGACUACUCAGAGCCAACCUUCCAGGAUGGACCGCAGUGCGAUAGGGGCAGGAGCAGGGGCAGGUGGCGUACAGAAAGGUGGUGCCCGGAGAGGGAAGGGGCCCUUGGUGAAGCAGUCAAAGGUGGAGGAUCUGCGUCAGGGCCAGGGCACACUGGAAGGGAAGGGGUCAGUGGAGAAGAGCUCUAUUCCUAUCCCAACCAUCAUUGUUAAAGCUCCUUCCACCAGCAGCAGUGGACGCAGUAAGAUUGACCGUUCUAACCCCCAACCUGUUGUUCCCCCACCUGCACCCACCGUUCCACCGCCAGCCCCUCCAUCUAUACCUGCUCCCCCACCCCCAUCACUGCCAUCACUUCGUACUCAAGAGAGUUUGGACUUCACCAGCCAGUUUGGUGCUGCCAUAGUAGGGGCAGCUCGCAGGGAUCGAGAACGAUUCCAUGAAGCACGACGGAAGAGUGCCUCCUUUUUUCUUUCUGCUGAGGAAGCGUUGGGUGGAGCAGGAGAAGUGGGAGGACGGACCCAGACUUCCCAACAGCAGCUGAGUUCCCAGCCUUCACCACGUCUGCGACCGUCCAAAUCUAUAGAUGAAGGCAUGUUCUCAGGUGAUACUUUUAUCCACCACACACGCAGUAUGCCUCCUGCCUUCGGCCUGCCUGAGUACUCCUCACCUGCUCCUCCUGGGGAUUACCAGCCUAAGUCUGUACCUGCUGACUUCUAUGGGGCGGGAGGGCGACAACAGCAGCAGCAGCAAGCCUCCACCACAACUUUCAUUCACCCAUUAACGGGGAAAGUUCUGGACCCUUCAUCCCCACUAGGCUUGGCGUUGGCUGCAAGGGAACGUGCCUUGAAAGAUGAUGGUCGCAUGCGCAGGGAGAGGACCACUGAACAUCAUUUUACCCGUCAGUUGUCCAGCAUUGGGGCCUUUCCCUCGUCCACUGCACAACCAACAUCACGCAUCUCCUACUCAAUGGCCUCGUCUUCCUCUGCACCCUCCUCUGCUGCUCAGUCCUCAAGCUCCUCCUCGUACCUUGUUACCUCCUCAUCACUCGCUGCCACCACUACAUCCACUCGGCCUCCAUCUCCCAGGAUCCUGCGUGGAGCAGGAAGCAGCUGGGGUGAGGAAGCAGGGGUUGGAGAACGUGCAGAUAGGGAGGCUGCUGGCACCUCUGCUCCCAGAGAAGGCCUAAGGGUUCGUUUCUCUGAGGAUAAAACUGUCCACACGCACCACUAUCAGAGAAAAAGCUCACGCCCAGUUACAGCAACAGUCCACACAGCCAAUGCCCCAGCAGCCUCGACGCCCCUCAUUCUUGAGGAUGGAGAGUGA